AUGCAGAACAACGUGAUGCAUAUCCCUCGGGAAGACCUCGAGGAUCUAAGGGAGGCCUUCAACAAAAUAGACAUUGACAACAGCGGCUAUGUCAAUGACUUUGAGCUCCACGACCUUUUCCGAGAGGCAAGUUUGUCGCUGCCGGGGUAUAAGGUGCGAGAAAUCGUGGAAAAGUUCAUGGCUGGUGACACCAAUAAAGAUGAGAAGCUGUCCUUUGAAGAAUUUGUUGUGAUCUACCAGGAGCUGAAGAGUAAGGAGGUCCGAGAGACAUUCCGCAAAGCCAUUGCUAGGAGGGAUGGGAUCCGUUCCUUCGGAGGAAUGUCAGAAAUAUCCAGUGAAGGGACACAACACUCAUACGCAGAUGAGGAGAAAGUGGCCUUUGUGAACUGGAUCAAUAAGGCCUUAGCCAACGAUCCCGACUGCAAACAUUUCAUACCCUUGGACCCCGAGAAUGACAGUCUCUUCAAAUCUGUCAAAGAUGGAAUACUGCUGUGCAAAAUGAUCAAUCUCUCCCAACCAGAUACGAUUGAUGAGAGGGUGAUAAACACAAAGAAACGUACGAAGUUCAACAUGACUGAAAAUUUGGUGUUGGCUCUCAACUCUGCCUCAGCUAUUGGCUGCACCGUGGUCAAUAUUGAUUCUCAGGACAUGAUAGCUGGGACGCCUCACUUGGUUCUGGGUUUGCUGUGGCAGAUUAUUAAAAUCGGUCUGUUCGCUGACAUCGAGAUCUCUCGCAAUGAAGCUCUCAUUUGUCUGCUGGGAGAGAAUGAGGAGUUGGAUGAGCUUAUGGCCAUGUCUCCUGAAGAGCUGCUGCUGCGCUGGGUCAACUAUCAUCUCAAUAAUGCCGGAUGGCAACCAAUCAGCAACUUCGGUGAUGACAUAAAGGAUUCCAGGGCCUACUUCUACUUGCUGAAUGAGAUCUCUCCCAAAGGAGAGACACUGGAUGAGAUGAGGAUCAACAUUGACAUGUCGGGACUGCAUGAGCCUGACGACGAGAGGCGGGCGGAGCUGAUGCUGAGGCAGGCGGCUUGUAUGGACUGCAGACAGUUUGUCACGCCUAAGGAUGUGGUGUCCGGAAACCAAAAGCUCAACAUGGCCUUCGUGGCCAACCUGUUCAACAUGUACCCGGCUCUCCGGGUGCCCGCUGACAGCAACAUCGACCUGACCAUGCUCGAAGGGGAGUCCCGAGAGCAGAGAACAUUCCGGAACUGGAUGAAUUCACUGGGAGUGUCUCCAUUUGUCAACCAUUUGUUCAGUGACCUGGUGGAUGGCCUGAUCAUUCUCCAGUUGUAUGAGAGGAUCAACAUUCCUGUAAAUUGGAAGAAAGUGAACAGGCCUCCGUACCCACCUCUGGGUGUCAACAUGAAAAAACUUGAAAACUGUAAUUAUGCCGUACAGCUGGGCAAAGAUGUAGCAAAGUUCUCUCUGGUGGGAGUUGGAGGGGAGAAUCUCAAUCAAGGAAAUGAACUCCACACCUUGGCGUUGGUAUGGCAACUCAUGAGGAGGUACACAGUGAGAGUGCUCUCAGACCUUGGCGAUGGAGAGAGAGUUAACGACCAGGUCAUAAUUAACUGGGUGAACAGUACUUUAAAAGAAGGACACAAAAACACAUUCAUCACCAGUUUCAAGGAUAACGUGAUCAGUACGAGCCUUCCAGUGAUCGAUCUGAUCGACACCAUCGUGCCCAAUGCCAUCAGGAGUGAGAUGGUGAGAAGAGGAGACCUGAGCGAUGAGGAUAAGCUGAACAAUGCAAAAUAUGCCAUUUCAGUGGCACGUAAAAUUGGAGCCAAGGUCUACGCCCUUCCGGAUGACCUUGUGGAAGUCAACCCCAAGAUGGUGAUGACGGUGUUUGCAUGUCUGAUGGGCAGAGGUCUAAGGAAAGCACAGGGCUGA